AUCCUUUCUUCCUCCAAAAAUCUCUCAUUUUCUCUCUCUACAAUAAUAACAGACUGAUGAAUUCCUUAAUAUCCUCUCCAAUUUACACUCAGAUUCUCCAAAUCAUUCAUCAUUUUACUUCCAUUUCCGCCAUAGAUUGAUCAAUAAUAUUCAAUACAGAGGUAGAGAAAGAGAGAGAAGACCUGAGAAGUGCGAGAUUCGUGGAAAUGGCCUGAGUGAUGUAGAUGUACAGUUCGGCAAACAGAUCAGAUGAUGAACAUCGUAUAAUUUCAAUUCAUCACUCUCCUUCCUUGUCCUGUUUAGAAAUCGCUUAGGAGACGAAUCCUUUGCUUUUGUUAUCUUUUCCAUCAUGUUGGAAGGACCGUCGUAUCUAGUUUCCAUGGAUUUACCUAGUUCAUGUGAGCUUGAGAGGAAAUGGAUUUACAAUACUUCAUGUGUAAUCGAGCUUUGUAAUGGAAAGAGGACGAAGAUUGAUCAAUCUGUUCAGAGACAGAAAACGAAUCAAUCGGCUGAUCAUCAUCGUCAUCAGUCGAAUUCAGGAACACUAAUCAAUCAAAUUGGCCGUGACAUGUCGAUUAACUGUCUCCUUCAAUGCUCGAGAUCGGAUUACUCGUCAAUUGCAUCUUUAAACAGAGACUUUCGUGCACUAAUUCGUAGUGGAGAAUUAUACAGGCUGAGACGAAAACUAGGUAUUGUUGAACAUUGGGUUUAUUUCUCGUGUAACUUGCUGGAAUGGGAAGCUUUUGAUCCUAUAAGCCGUAGAUGGAUGCAUUUACCACGAAUGACGUCGAAUGAAUGUUUUAUGUGUUCUGAUAAGGAAUCAUUGGCGGUUGGAAAUGAACUUCUUGUGUUUGGAAAAGAGAUUAUGUCGCAUGUUGUUUAUAAAUACAGCAUAUUGACAAACAGUUGGUCAUCCGGUGCUGAAAUGAACGAGCCAAGAUGCUUAUUUGGAUCAGCUAGUUUGGGGGAAAUCGCGAUAGUAGCAGGGGGGUGUGAUUCGGAAGGAAACAUAUUGAGGUCGGCCGAGCUUUAUGAUUCGGAAACAGGAACAUGGGUUCGCCUGCCCAACAUGUCAAACCCUAGAAAAAUGUGUUCUGGAGUGUUUAUGGAUGGUAAAUUCUAUGUAAUAGGUGGGAUUGGAAUUGGUCAAGGGAAUUCGAAUUUGCUUUGUGCAGAAGUUUAUGAUUUGGAGACUAUGACUUGGCAUGAAAUUCCGAACAUGUUUCCUAACUUUAAUCUAGAAGCUGGGGCGGUUGAGAUGCCGGCUACUGCGAAAGCGCCUCCUUUAGUGGCGGUUGUUAGAAAUGAACUUUACGCGGCUUGUUAUGCAGAGAAGGAAGUUAAGAAGUACGAUAAGGAGAAGAAUUCGUGGGGGAAAGUUGGUAGUUUGCCGGAGAGGGCGGUUUCGAUGAACGGUUGGGGACUUGCGUUUAGGGCUUGCGGAGAUAGGCUUAUUGUUAUCGGUGGACCGAGAUCUUUAGGUAAAGGUACUAUAGAGUUGAAUGGUUGGGCACCAAAUGAUGGAGAAAGUGAAUGGGAGAUCUUAGCUAGAAAGCCUUUGGGAAGUUUUGUCUAUAACUGUACUGUAAUGGGUUGCUGACUCGAUUUUCGACACGAAAAUGAGGUGUGAAAUUUCUUUCUUCUUGUUCUUUCAAUGUUUGUAAACUUGGUCAUGUUGAUUGGUUUUAGUUUGUAAGGGAAUUCAGUCAUUGUUAGUUGAAUAAUUCGAUUGUCAUUUAUUUCUUCAUUUUUAAAUAAAACCAAUUUGAGAA